AUGGAUCGGGCUAUCCAACAAACGGAUUACGACGCAUUCUCCUGCAAGAUUUGUGCUAUAAGCAAGAAGUAUCUGCCUAGCAGCAAAGAAGUGGAAUUUUGCGAAAUGCAGGGGUUUUCAGAAUUGCACAUAGCCUACACGCAACAUUUGAGAACUUUGAACAGAAGAGCAUAUAGUAAAGUUCAAAAAGCAGUACAAUACGGCCAACCUUUGAUGAAUUACGGAACGUACCUCAGAACGCUGGCAAUUGACUUGGAAGUCAAGUUAUUUCUGGAAAAAGCCGCGAAAGAAAACACAAAAAUUCAGGUCCUGAAUUUGGGGUGUGGAUCGGAUCUGCGAAUGCUCUUUUUCCUCAAUCGGUACCCUCAAUUGACCUGGGUAGAUUUGGAUUUCCCAGAGUCCGUUUCACUCAAGGCAAAAAUACUGAAAAAGGACAAACAGUUUCGAGAUCUUCUUGGGGAGCCCCAGGGUGUUAGCGACAUAGAGUACAUCUCAGACCGAUAUUCGCUCAAAAGCUGCAACCUGAACAACAUUCAAAAAGUACUUGAUAUACUGCUAGAGUUUACUCGUCCAGAGUUCCCAACAUUGGUCAUAACAGAGUGUGUGCUCUGCUAUAUGGAUCUUUCACGAUCACAAGCACUUAUCGACAAUGUCAUUUCCUUUUACCAAACAGGAACUUGGGUUUCGUACGACCCUAUUGGCGGGAACGACACAGACGACAAGUUUGGCUCUAUCAUGCAAGCCAAUCUUUGGGAGUCCAGACAAUUGGAACUCCCGACUCUGAUGUUUUUCAACUCGACGGAAAAAUACGCUCAAAGGUUUGAAGACGAAUCGAAACACACUCAGAUUGAAACAAUGUGGCAGUACUAUGUCCAGCAAAUACCGGAGGAAGAGAAAAACCGGCUCAAGUCUCUCCAAUUUUUAGAUGAAAUUGAAGAACUCAGACUGAUUCUCUCUCAUUAUGUACUCUCAAAAUCUUGGUGGUGA